GAUUGGAAAUCGGACCUAUUUGCGGUUAUCGAUAGCCAAGACAGCGUUGUUGUCCAAUCAGAAAAAGUGUAGGCGCAGAGGAAUAGCAUAAAUAAAAUUCCAGAGAUCAAUGUUGAGGCCGCGCAGUGUGGAACAGAGAUAACAAAUCCCACGAGCAAGAAGAAGACCUGCCCAAAAAAAGAGCCAGCGGAUUAAAAAACAUUAUAGCACCGCACCUGAGGCGUACAGAACACUCCAACGAAAUGUCGCGCAAAAUGGCCAAGUUCUACAAGCUGGACAUCAAUCGCACCGAGUGGGAGAUCCCGGAGACAUACCAGAACCUGCAACCCGUGGGUCAGGGUGCCUACGGCCAGGUCUGCAAGGCCGUGGUCCGCGGAACCAGCACGAAGGUGGCCAUCAAGAAGCUGGCCAGGCCCUUCCAGUCGGCGGUCCAUGCGAAGCGCACCUACCGGGAAUUGCGGCUGCUGAAGCACAUGGAUCACGAGAACGUCAUUGGUCUGCUGGAUGUCUUUCAUCCAGGACAGCCCGCCGAUUCUCUGGAUCAGUUCCAGCAGGUGUACAUGGUGACCCACUUGAUGGACGCCGAUCUGAACAACAUAAUACGCACGCAGAAGCUGUCCGAUGAUCAUGUCCAAUUUCUGGUCUACCAAAUCCUGCGCGGUCUGAAGUACAUCCACAGCGCUGGAGUCAUCCAUCGUGAUCUAAAGCCAUCGAACAUUGCGGUAAACGAGGACUGUGAGCUUCGCAUCCUGGACUUCGGCUUGGCCCGUCCCGCAGAAAGCGAGAUGACCGGGUACGUGGCUACGCGAUGGUACCGCGCGCCUGAGAUCAUGCUCAAUUGGAUGCACUACAACCAGACGGUGGACAUCUGGUCGGUGGGCUGUAUCAUGGCCGAGCUGCUGACUGGACGCACACUGUUCCCUGGAACCGAUCACAUUCAUCAGCUGAACCUCAUCAUGGAAGUGCUGGGCACGCCAGCUGAUGAGUUCAUGAGCCGCAUCUCCUCGGAGAGCGCUAGGAACUACAUUCGUUCACUGCCGGUGAUGCCACGCCGCAAUUUCCGCGAUAUCUUCCGUGGUGCCAAUCCGCUGGCCAUCGAUUUGCUGGAGAAAAUGCUGGAACUUGACGCCGACAAGCGCAUCACCGCCGAGCAGGCGCUGGCCCAUCCGUACAUGGAGAAGUACCACGAUCCAACCGAUGAGCAGACCGCCGCGCUCUACGACCAGAGCUUCGAGGAGAACGAGCUGCCGGUGGAGAAGUGGCGGGAGAUGGUCUUCAGCGAGGUGACGGCCUUCAAGCCCACAGCCGCCUUCGCUGAGCUCCUGCCCAAGGAGCAGUAAACCCGGCCGCCAUCCCUGUCCGUGCAAUGAUGCUAUAUACAAUUAGAACAGUCUUUUCUACACCUAGUUCAAGCGGAUGCGCUCAGUCGUGAUUUCUCUACUCGUCGAGUGUAAACAAUCGGGGAUAUUUAUUCUAGAGCGAUUUAUAUUUAGAAACUCUUCAGUGGCUGGAUUUAAACAAUUUGUUUUGACCACAAACGUAAGGUGAAAUUGUAUUGUAUUUUCGAACCCUCGAUUUGCAUUCGAUGGAUACAGAAAUAGCGAUUGAACUAGGUACAUGCCUAAAAUGUAGCCAUUCGGAAAAUUUUCCAAAAAUCAAUCAGAGUCACAGCCUUAAUGUCCAGUUCAACUUUAGAUUUGGUGUCGGUUUUAACACGCAGUUCUUGUGAAUAAUCCUGUAAAUGUGAGUGUACAUGUACAUCGUAGUUCGUAGUUCGUAAGCGAACGCAUCUCGCGGCCAGUAACUAUAAAAAAGAGCACUAGUGUCUACGUUGAAUCCAAAUAAAUGUGCUAUGUAUUUUAAAAAAUGA